AUCAGUUGAAAAUCAUCACUCGUUCACUGCGCGUGUCGUGUCCGGGAUUUUGAAUCGACUCCUAGAAUGUUUCGCAAAUGCCUCGCCAACCUGGCCCUGGCUGCCCCCGCCCCAAGCACCCAGCAGAUAUCAAGGAUAACUCCAAUCAUUAGCCAGUUGCUGCUCCAGCGCCGCAGUGUUCAUCAAAUCCCUGUCCAGGGCAGGCCACCCAAGAUUCUGAUUACAGGUGGAUUGGGACAAUUGGGCAUCGAGUGUGCCAAGCUCCUGCGGACACAAUAUGGCAGCCACAAUGUGAUCCUUUCUGACAUCAUCAAGCCCAGUAAAGAGGUAACCGACAAUGGGCCAUAUAUCUUUGCCGAUAUCCUGGAUUUCAAGGGUCUGCAGAAGAUCGUGGUGGAUCAUCGCAUUGACUGGUUGAUCCACUUCUCGGCUCUACUCAGUGCUGUGGGAGAACAGAAUGUUCCACUGGCUGUAAGGGUCAACAUCGAGGGUGUCCACAACGUCAUAGAGUUGGCCAAACAGUACAAGCUUCGCAUCUUUGUGCCAAGCACUAUUGGGGCUUUCGGGCCCGACAGUCCCCGCAAUCCCACGCCAAACGUUACGAUCCAACGUCCGCGUACCAUUUAUGGAGUUUCCAAGGUACAUGCCGAGCUAAUUGGCGAGUACUACUACCACAAGUUUGGCCUGGACUUCAGGUGCCUCCGCUUCCCGGGAGUAAUUUCCAGUGAUCCACCAGGCGGUGGUACCACAGAUUAUGCCGUUGCCGUGUUCCAUGAUGCCCUGCGGCAUGGUAAAUACACUUGCUACCUUCGUCCAGAUACCCGACUGCCAAUGAUGUAUAUCGAGGAUUGUUUGAGAGCCCUCCUUGAAUUCAUGAGCGCGCCAAAUGAAGUGCUGAAGCGCCGCGUCUACAACGUAACCGCCAUGUCCUUCACGCCGGAAGAACUGGUGGACAAACUGAGCAAGCACGUGCCCAAUCUGCACGUGAUCUACAAGCCGGACACCCGCCAACUGAUUGCCGACUCGUGGCCACAGGUGUUUGACGACUCCGAGGCCCGGCGAGACUGGAACUGGCAGCACAAAUACGACCUAGACAACCUGGUCGACUUUAUGGUUAAGGACGUGCAGGAGAACUACAUUGACGUGGAGAACCUUAACAAGCAGACACUGAAGAUAUACUGAAACGAUCACAAGAUCACAGCCGCAUCUAGUAUUCUUAAGUACAGACAUUUAAUUGCAUUUACCGCAGCAUUUAUCUAGAGAAUACACUUUACAAAUACCAUGUACAAUUUAUCUUUGAAAAUAUAGAUCAAGUUUUUCCAUCGAAA